CAGGCCGCCGCGCCUCCCCGAGCCGGGCCGCCGUUGCUCCGGGGCCUGAGGAGAGGGCAGCCGAGGCUGGGCGCGGCCAUUUUCCCGGCAGGGUCCCUGACUGCGCGGCGUGUCUGUCCUGAGGCGGGCGGGGCCUGGGGGGCUGCUGCGUCCCGCCUGCGGUCCCGGGGUCCCCCCGAGCGGGAUCAGCCCCCCGGAGAGCCCGCCCCGGGGCUGCUGGAGCCUCCGAGUGGGGUGGGAGCUAUACGGGGUGGGGACCCUCCCAAACGGCUGCUUUGAGCCUGCCUGCUGCUUGUGCGGGCGUCACACUGCUCCGAACUGCCCCUGACUCCGGAUUGGGGCUGUUGACACGGUGCUAUUGCUCCACCUCACUUCCGGGCUCUCCUUCGGACCCCCUGAUAAUCCCUGUUGUUCCCAUCAAGGUGGCAGGCCUGUGAGUCAGGCCGCAGAGGGAAAUGCUGCUCUGUUUUUUAGGGGGUGCUGGAGGUCAUGACACACGCCAGGACUUUGUUGUGUGUUGUACCUUUUGCCCAUCCUUCCUUGAGCCACACGUCCCCCCUGCGGUUCUGGAGUUAAAUAACGGCUGGCGCAGGUAGAGAGGGGUUUAGCAGCAUGGACAGGUGAAUUUCACUGUAGACCAGAUCCGAGCGAUCAUGGACAAAAAGUCCAAUAUCAGGAAAAUGUCUGUGAUUGCUCAUGUUGAUCAUGGCAAAUCGACACUGACAGACUCUUUGGUAUCUAAAGCAGGUAUCAUUGCUUCAGCCAAAGCUGGUGAAACACGAUUCACAGACACGCGGAAAGAUGAACAAGAAAGAUGUAUCACAAUCAAGUCUACAGCAAUCUCUCUGUACUAUGAACUCUCGGACAAUGACUUGGCCUUUAUCAAAGAGUACAAAGAUGGUUCGGGUUUUCUUAUUAAUUUAAUCGACUCUCCUGGACAUGUAGAUUUCUCCUCUGAAGUUACAGCAGCUCUUCGUGUCACUGAUGGUGCCCUUGUAGUUGUUGACUGUGUUUCAGGGGGGUGUGUUCAAACAGAAACUGUUCUGUGUCAAGCAGUUGCUGAGCGCAUCAAGCCAGUACUGAUGAUGAACAAGAUGGAUCGUGCUCUGUUGGAGUUACAGCUAGAACCAGAGGAACUUUAUCAGACCUUCCAGCGUAUUGUGGAAAGUGUCAAUGUCCACCUAUGGAGAAGAUAUUUUGAUCCAGCAACCGGAAAAUUCAGCAAAUCAGCCACCAGCCCAGAUGGAAAGAAAUUGCCACGGACGUUCUGCCAGCUCAUUCUGGAUCCCAUCUUUAAGAUCUUUGAUGCUAUUAUGAACUUUAACAAGGAAGAGACAGCCAAGCUGAUAGAGAAACUUAACAUCAAGCUGGAUGCUGAAGAUGGAGACAAAGAAGGCAAACCACUUCUGAAGGCUGAUGCGCCACUGGCUGCCUGCUGGAGAUGCCUUGCUUCAGAUGAUCACCAUGCACCUGCCUUCCCCUGUAACGGCACAGAAAUAUCGUUGUGAACUUCUGUAUGAGGGGCCACCUGACGAUGAAGCUGCUAUGGUGUAUUAUUGAAGAGUCGGGUGAGCAUAUCAUUGCUGGAGCUGAUGAGUUGCAUCUAGAAAUUUGCCUUAAAGAUCUGGAAGAAGAUCAUGCUUGCAUUCCAAUCAAG